GUUAGAAGUCAUAUAGCCUAGCAGUAUUUCUCACUCUUCAGUCCUCUCUUCAUGACAGUAGACCGGUUUCGCUCAGUGGAACCCCAGUUAGAGACAGAUAUGAUACCUGCAGUGAUAUUGAUGAUCCUGUUCUGGUGUACAGAUCUCCAGGCUCAAAGCGUCAGUCCACCAGCUGAACUCUCAGUCAGACUGGUGAAUGGGACCACUUCCUGUUCUGGGACAGUGGAAGUCUUCAAUGAAGGAGAGUGGUCAGGUCUAUGUACUAGGUGGUGGAGCAUGAGAGAGGUUAAGGUUGUGUGUAGAGAGCUGGACUGUGGAAACCCUGUAUCUGAAUCUAGAGGACCUCUGGUUGAAGAUGGAAGAAGAGGAGUCAGACUAUUUAGUAGUUGCUAUGGAAAUGAGUCUUCUAUUAGACAGUGUGACAUCAUAGAAGUAAGACCUGGUGUCUGUAUUGGUGGAUAUUAUCAUCAUGUGACCUGUUCAGAGUCUGUGCGGCUUGUGGAUGGAGCUGGUCUCUGCUCUGGGAGAGUGGAGGUGAAGUCCAAUCAGUCCUGGGCCUCAGUGUGUGAAGCUGACUUUGACCGGCAGGAUGCAGAGGUAGUCUGUGGGGAGCUUGGCUGUGGGGCUCCUGCAGCUCUACAGGGGGGGCUCUAUGGAGAAGGUGGGGGUCAGACCUGGGAUAAAGAGUUCCAGUGUAAAGGCAAAGAGUCCCUUCUCCUGGACUGUGACACCUCAGACAGAGAAAACAACACCUGUCUACCUGGUAAUGCUGUUGGACUCACCUGCUCAGAGCCUGAUGAUGUGAGGCUGGUGGGAGGAGGCAGUCGCUGUGCUGGUGGAGUGGAGCAGUACGACCAGGGAGAGUGGAGGACUGUGGGAGCUAGAGACUGGGAGGAUGUAGCUGCAGUAGUGUGUAGACAGCUGGGUUGUGGCUCCACUGUUUCAGUUCUACCUGGAAACACCACUAGAUGGUUUGGAGUUUCCUGUUCUGGCUCUGAGUCUGUACUGAGGGAGUGUUCCAGAAUUUAUGAUCUCUAUUCUGGAUUCACAGUGAUCUGCUCAGAUCUCCUGGUCCAGCCUGAUAUCUCCCUGACUGACUCAAUGGGAGGGGUCUCCAGGGGCCACCAGGGGCCCGAGAUGUUCAGGGGCUACAGCUUCACCAUCACCUGCUCCACUCAGCCACAGUACCCAGGAGGCUCCUUCCUCCUCACGUUCACCGGCUCCAAAAUAUCCCAGACCCAGCCAGCUGUCAAUCACUCUGCUGCCUUCCUCUUCCCUGCUGCAGAUGACUCCCACCAAGGGAACUACAGCUGUGUUUAUGACAAUCAUGUUUUCUCUCAUGACUUCUCCUCUGAGAGUGAGCUCCUCUCCCUCACCAUCACAGCCUCUCCUCUGCCAGCCUUCAUCAUCAGACACGUUGUAGUGGUGCUGAUGCUACUGACAGCCAUCACCACCUCCUACCUGUACUACAAGCCCACCAGGAGGCAGAAGAGAGUGAACAGGGUGAGCAGCAUGGAUCUUUAUGUCAAUGCCAUGGAGAUGGUCUCUCUGAGCUCCAGAGCUGAAGCUGGACCGGGAGAGGAGAGAGCAGCCCAGGGGACGGAGUAGGAGUAGAAUGAAGCUGACCCUACAUGCUGAUCUUAGGUCAGUUUUGUGUUUUAAAUGGAUGGUCAGCAAUGGACUGGUGUUUAAAAUGUUGUGACAAACCUGAAGUGGUUCUAAUUUUAAUAACAAGUUCAGAAUUAGUUUAUCUUUCUAGGACCUUAGAAG